AUGAAAGGUCGUCAACUGAGUGCCUGCUUUUGGAAAGUUCUAUAUUUUGCAUAUGUUAAAAGCGACCGAAACCAUCCAUUUCUCGAGCAAGGAAAGUGUGAAAAUAUGGUGAACUUCAUGUUGUAUAUCAGCGCGGACCUCGAGAAUCUCACAAACUUUCAGCCUGCAGGCGGUGUCGAUGAUCCUAACUUCACCUACUACUUCAAGUUGAAAUGUGAAAACUGUGGUGAGGUGACUGAGAAGGAGACAUGUGUCAGUCUGAAUGAGACACUUCCUCUACCAAAAAAGGGUACCACUAAUCUUAUCCAAAAGUGUAAGUUCUGUAAAAGGGAAGGAACAGUGACAAUGAUACCUGGUCGAGGAUCUCCACUCACUAAUGAGUUGAGUGAGGGAGGAAAACAUGCUGCUUUGAUGGUAUUUGACUGUAGGGGUUUUGAGCCUUUGGAUUUUGCAUUCAGUAGUGGCUGGAAAGCUGAAUCUAUUGAAGGAACAAAAUUUGAGGAUAUUGAUCUGUCUGGAGGGGAUUUUUCUGAGUAUGAUGAGAAGGGCGCGUGUCCAGUCAUGAUCUCUAAUGUGGCUGCUAUGUUCAAAGUCGUUGACUUGAAUUUUGUAGUUUGCCCUGAACACUACCUCCGCGCGAUUCACUGUUACUUCUAG